CUAGUACGGCGUUAUUCUAUGGCGCCGCAUAUUGUCCUGCAUCUCCUGCAUCGAGCGACGAUCGAAGCUUUUUUGUUUUCACGCGCAAGCUGAACAUGUCAAAGAUGACGGUGGUGGCAUCGUCCUCUGCCUGAUGUACGAUCGGGACGGUUGGGGACGGUGCUGGAUGGUGUCGCACGAUCGUGUUCGAAGCAAGCCGCGUGCACCUUAACGAGCUGUCAUUGUGAAUUAAUAAUUGAUAUGAGCCGUUCAAAUAACUACAACAUGGUAUCUCGCAGGUGGUUUCAUCCUAAUAUUACUGGCUUAGAGGCAGAACGUUUAUUGAUGGAACGAGGAGUUGACAGUUCAUUCUUAGCACGACCAAGUUCUUCAAAUCCUGGUGACUUUACAUUAUCUGUCAGGCGAAACGGUGAAGUGACUCAUAUUAAAAUAAAAAACGCUGGCGACUUCUACGAUCUUUAUGGCGGUGAAAAAUUUGCCACACUUUCUGAAUUGGUACAGUUUUACAUGGAAAAUGGUGGACAGUUACGCGAGAAGAAUGGUGAAAUUAUCGAGCUUAGGUUUCCUCUCAAUUGUGCAGAUCCUACAACUGAAAGGUGGUUUCAUGGCCAUCUGUCGGCAAAAGAAGCAGAACGGUUGAUGCUGGAACGUGGAAAAAAUGGAUCUUUCUUGGUGCGCGAGUCUCAAAGUAAACCUGGCGAUUUUGUGUUAUCAGUACGCACUGAUGAUCGCGUUACGCAUGUUAUGAUACGAUCUCAGGAUAACAAAUAUGAUGUAGGUGGUGGUCACAAGUUUGAUAGCCUUAGUGAUUUAAUAGAACAUUAUAAACGAAAUCCAAUGGUUGAAACAAGUGGGAGCGUUGUGCAUCUUCGACAACCAUUUAAUGCAACACGAAUUAAUGCUAGUAGUAUCGAAAGCAGAGUUAGACAAUUACACAAAGAAAAUGGUUGUUCCAAUGGUUGGCUGUGUUGGAAUGGAACUAGUGGAACCAGUGAGGAUGGAGCAGGCAAAGGAAAAGGAAAGGCUGGUUUUUGGGAAGAAUUUGAGUCGUUGCAACAGCAAGAAUGCCGGCAUAUGUUUUCAAGAAAAGAAGGUUUACGUCCAGAAAAUCGUGCCAAGAAUCGUUAUAAGAAUAUUUUACCAUUUGAUCACACUAGGGUACGAUUAAAAAAUGUGGAUUCUGAUAUUCCUGGAGCUGAUUACAUUAAUGCUAACUACAUAAGGAACAAAGAAGGCGACGAAACGAACACUACCGUUGACAGCGGUGGUGACGAUCCGUUAUUCGGCAAAUGUUACAUAGCUACGCAGGGUUGUCUUCCGAAUACCAUACAAGAUUUUUGGCACAUGGUCUACCAGGAGAAUACUCGUGUGAUUGUUAUGACUACUAAGGAAAUAGAGCGGGGAAAGAAUAAAUGCGCGCGUUAUUGGCCGGAAGAAGGAGAAACUGCCGAAUAUGGUAAUGAAUGGAAAGUACGUGCCGUAUCUCGGACUUCGACCGCUGAUUAUACUCUGCGCGAAUUUCUUUUGCAAGGAACCAAACCGGAAUUUUCCGAGUCCAGGAGAAUUUAUCAUUACCAUUUUCAAGCAUGGCCUGAUCAUGGUGUUCCAUCAGAUCCUGGUUGCGUGCUGAAUUUUUUGCACGAUGUAAACGCCAGGCAAGAAUCAAUCGCGGCAUCUUUGGCUCCAAAGGAACAAGAUGAACCAUGCAUAGGACCAAUUCUCGUCCACUGUAGUGCCGGAAUUGGCAGGACGGGCACAUUUAUUGUUAUUGACAUGAUUUUAGAUCAAAUUAAACGUCAUGGACUAGACUGUGAAAUUGACAUUCAACGCACGGUACAGCGAGUACGUGCACGAAGAUCAGGAAUGGUCCAGACGGAGGCACAAUAUAAAUUUGUUUAUCUCGCUGUUUUACAUUACAUUGAGACGGUAUCUCAACGGAUGCAAGCGGAACAGAAAUCUCUUCAAUUAGGCAGAGAAUACACUAACAUUCGUUACAAAAGCGAGUCGAACGCUUCCACCAAUGCUAUCGUAGGCGAAACCUCCAUUCCCACUUGUACGCCAAUAGUCCCUCCAACAUCAGCACCCACCUAUAGUUUGAGGCCAAAGUAAUUUUUUCUUAGGCUUAAUCGAUUUCGCGUACAUUCGGGAAAAAGCAGAGAAGAGGCUUCGUUAUUCUUUUGCUCUCUCUUUCUAUCUUCUAUUUCUAUGUUACUGUAGGUAAUAUUACAAGAAGAACAUAAUACGACAUACCCUGAAGUCCGCAGAAAUUUAACCGCCGUCAAGAAAUCAAUUUUGCUUUUCUUGUUAAAUAUUUUUUUUUAUCGAAUGUAUACUCGCGGUAUAUUUUUUAAAUAGUUAGAGUGUGUAUAUUCACAUAUACACAAAAAUAUGUACAUAAGUUGCAGAAAAAGAAGAGCUGUACAAUUGAUCAAUCCAUGAUCUGUUAUUUCGACAAAAAUGAAUGACUAAAUAUACUAAAUAUUUGCUAGUAUAUCUUUUAUUUUCUCUUGCUUAUUUUCUCUGUUCUAGCCAUGUAUAAAGUCUUGACAAGACAAUAAAAAUAAUAUAUUGAAGGCUCAA